CGCAAUGUGAGAUAUUUAUUGGUAAUUAAUCGCUCCACGCGCACACCACACGAACCCUAUACUUCUCCGAGGGCUCGUUUCUUGCCACGUCAUCACCUUCGCCGGUCAUAUUUCUUCCGCCCCACGUGAUUACAGCACAGCCACUAAAUAUACGCUCAUGUUCCCGAACUACCCUUCAACAGCCACUAGAAUUACAACCCCAAUCCACGCAAGGACGGUUUCUUUUCCUUAUAAACCCUCCUCCUUUCUUUACCCAUUUUCGUCAUUUUACAUAAUCCCUUCUCCAUAACAAUGGCUACUGGUUUGGUACGCAGAGGUAUUUCCAGGCUUCAUAAGUCGCCGGCGGCGACGCUUUUUCUUUCCCGAGCUCAUGCCUCCGAGCCUCAAGCUCAACAAUCGGAACCCACCACCAGAUCUUCACAAAACCUAAAGAAUUUCCAAAUCUACCGAUGGAAUCCAGACAAUCCAGGCAAACCGGAACUACGAAACUACGAGAUAAACCUCAAGGAGUGUGGACCGAUGGUACUCGACGCGCUUAUCAAGAUCAAAAACGAGAUCGAUCCAUCUCUAACGUUUCGUAGAUCUUGCCGUGAAGGAAUCUGCGGAUCAUGUGCUAUGAACAUCGACGGAUGUAACGGACUGGCUUGUUUAACGAAGAUUCCGUCGGAAGAGACGACGAUGAUUACGCCUUUGCCGCAUAUGUUUGUGAUUAAGGAUCUGGUGGUGGACAUGACCAAUUUCUAUAAUCAGUACAAGAGUAUCGAACCAUGGUUGAAGCGGAAGUCUCCGGCGCCGGCCGGUUGGGAAGGGAAAGAGAUUCCACAGAGUAAGAAAGAUCGAGAGAAACUCGACGGAAUGUAUGAAUGCAUAUUGUGCGCCUGUUGCAGCACUUCCUGCCCUAGCUAUUGGUGGAACCCUGAAUCUUAUCUCGGCCCUGCUGCUCUUCUCCAUGCCAAUAGGUGGAUAAUGGAUAGUCGUGAUGAGUACACACAGGAAAGAUUAGAUGCAGUAAAUGAUGAAUUCAAGUUGUAUCGAUGUCAUACCAUUUUGAAUUGUGCUCGUGCAUGCCCAAAAGGUCUGAAUCCCGGAAAGCAAAUUCAGAACAUCAAGAGUCUUCAGACGUAAUUGGGAACAAGUAAUUUGGUAUUGUUAUACACUUAUACUUGAAGAUCUUGUUGAUUAUCAUAUUUGUUUGUUAAUAAUACCCAUUGGCGAUGUUCUUAUCUUGCUAUUAGUCUUUGAUAAAUAAAUUAAUCAAUUUGGUUUGUGUUUAUACUUUAUACAAACAUGGAUAAUUGCAAAAUAAAUAAAUAAAUAAAGCAAUGUACUUUACUUACACAAAUUGAUAUUGUUUUGUACACCGUGUAAUAAUCCCCAUUUAACCGAAGGAGUGAUCUUGUUGAAGGUUUUGAUCGUGAUAAUUGAACUCGUGAGCUUACAAAUCGAAUGAUUUGAGUUAUGUUGAUGUAGGUAAAAAACAAUUAAGGAAAAAAAAAAGUAAGAGGAUAUUUAUUUUUAUUUUUUUUUAAUAUUUAGACAUUGAGUGUAGAAAUGAGUGUUUGGAUCAAAACCCAGAACUCUUGUCCAAAAUCCUAAACGAACCGAAUUAGGUUGGAAUAAGUGAUUUUGGUUUGGGUUUCUUGGCAUCUAUAUUAAGCCUUUUGGGUUUCUCGGUUUGGGUUAUCUAAAUAAAAAGUUACUCGGU